GAUGUAUGUUUGCGCGUGUGUGUGACUGCGCUAACCGUGUGCGUUUCGUUCGGUGUUGUUUUACUAUCAAUCCCAAUCGGCUCUUCGUACAAGCGGCGUUCGGUAGUUGUAGCGGCAGUCCGUGCUCCGUUUUGUGUUUAACCACUAGUCGACCAUACGCGUCCCGUCGACUUUUCGGCGUACGUCCAUCGUAUUGGCAUUUAUUUCGCUCUCCAGUCACCGUCGUUCGAUUUUCUUUCGUCCGUCGUCGCCGCCGUUUGCUAUUCGCCCGGCUCGCAAUAUCACCCGUAUCGCACGUGUUGUACGCGACCAAAUCGUCGUCGCCGCCGUCGUCGUCGUCGUCGUCCUUCCCCCCUCCUCACACUGUGUGCCAGUGUAGUAGUAGGAAGUAACCGUAGCAGCAGCGUUGACACAGCUAUAGCGGACGCGAUUACCGCCGAAACGGUCAACCGCGGACAAGAAACAGUCUCGCCGACAAGUUGCAUUUGUUCGCGCGCGCAUCAAGACUUUACCACAGACGCCGUCGUUGUUAUAUCAACCGCUAAGUUUCAGAAAAUGUACCGAAUGAUAAACUAUUUUAUGAACAAUUCAAAGUUAAUUUAAAGUACCAUUCACAAUGGAUCAAGAAGGUAAUAAUGGUAGAAGAAGGAGCUCAAGGUUGGCAGCAAGAGGAAUAGUGACUACACCAAAAGCAGAAGUUAUUGUAAAAAAGACGGUAAAGAGUUCUGAAAAACCGAAACGAUCAAAACGUAAGACAACUGAAGAAACUAUUGAAUUGCCUGAAGCUAAAAAAACUAAAACUGAAGAUAAAACAGCUUCUGAUAAGAUUGAUAAACCAAAAGAAAAUGAAACUAACAAUGUUGAUGAAAAUGAUGUCUCUGGAAUUUCACCAAUGGAUGUUGACAAUGUUGAAGAAACUAAUGUGUUACCGCCAUCUGAUGUAGAGAAAAAAGUUUUAAAAACAGUUGAAGAAAAGACUGAUGUGCCGCUUGAAGAUUCCAAAGAUCAAGAAGCAGUUGAAAAACUUCCAGUCACUAACGAUGAUAAAGAAAAGGAUAAUAAAUCAGUUGAUGAAACUGAAGAUGAAAAAUCCGAAACUACAGAAGAGCUUAUUAAAGUUAAAGAUCCUGAAAUAACUGAAGAGCCAAAGAAUGAUAUAUCUCAAGAUGAGGCUAAACAAGAACCAGUAGCUUUGGAAAAAACCAAUGGCAAAAGCGAAGAAAAAGAAAAAAUUGAGUCAGUAGAAGAAAUUGCAAAUGAUAUUGGAUUUUGUGUAGCAACUAAAGAUGUUGUCACACCAAAUGGGGAUACUAAUGAACAAGUGAAGUCUAAUGGUGAUGAAACUAUCACGGAAAUGGAAGCCAAAGAACCUAUAAAAGCUCUCCAUGAUGACACUAACCAUGUUGAAGAAACAGAUUCAAAAGCUGUAACUGCUACCACUGCCAUCACCACCAAUAAUGAUGCACCAAUUGUUGAUCAAGUUGAAAAGGAGCUAGAUAAAGCUGCCGACAAUGUUGUUGAUAAUAAUAUUAGUGCAUCAGCUGAUGACAAUGCACCAAAAGUGGACCAAUUAUCAACAGUUGUGUCCUAAUUUUUGCCAUUAUUCGUUUUAUAAUGAAGAACAUUUAGACUUACAUUGACUUUCUACUGAUAAUAUAUUAUAACCGUGCUCAGUAGUUAACAUAUUCUUACUUUAUUUCUUUCUUUUACAUUAUAUACAAUUUUUAUAACAAAGAAUUGUAGUAAAUAUUUGGAAAUAUUAUAUGUUAAUUGUACUUUGCCAAGGCCAUCACGAAAACUCAUCAUUUUUUUAUGUAGAAUUUAUACAAAAUUUAUGUUGAAAAAUUACUUAUAAUUUAUAGUAUUAAAAAAGAUUUUAAUUGUAUUUAUAUAACUCAAAAAAAAAAAAAAAAAAGGAAUAAUAUAAUUUUGGUACUUAUAUUUUAAGCAUAUUUUUGGUUUGUAUGUAUAAUAUUGUCAUUGUUUAUUUUUUUAUUUAAUGAAAAACUUCAUUUAGUGUCCAUUUAAUGACAUUUUGGUUUGUAAAAUGAAUAUUUAUUUCAGUUUUCAUAAUUUACUAAUAAUUACACUAUGGUAAUUUUAUUGACAAGUAUUGAUAAAUUGCUAAAAAGUUAAUCAUUAAUAUUAAAAAUAAACAACUCAAAAUGUACUGCUGAUUAAUUUCUUUUAAUUAUUUAAGCAAUCAUUUUAUAAUUUAUCAUACAAGACGUGUAAAUAAUUAAAAUUGUAAAAGUAAGCAGGAUUUUCAUUUUUAUUUAGGAAUUAUUAGUAAAGUAUCUUAUAUUAGAAGUGUUUUUCUUUUUAAAUUAUUAAAUAAAUUAUCAUAAUAUUCAGUGUUUUUUUUUUCUGUACAAAAAGUUUAAAUUUUAUUUAAUAUGGAUGUGUUUGUACUUUUUGUUUGAAAUAUUAUUUAUAAAACAUUUUUGUUGUGAUCUUGAAAAAAUGAGUGUUAAUAUCUUAUUUUAAAAUCUAUAUAUUUUUACCUCUCUAUAUCAUUGUUUUACCAAUUUAAUACUGAUGUGGGACCUAAGGAAGGUACCUUAGAUAUUGUAUUCCUAAAUAUUAAAAAUAUAUUUGAUGUAAAGUAGUAGA